AGUCGAAGAGGUUAUUGGUUGAAUAAUCUUCUUGAAGACUACUUUUAUCAACAAGGCUAUAUCUGUGCAAGGUAUCCCUGGCAGACAAUUUGUGUGUCGAUGCUUAUUGUAUCUAUCGCAUCUCUUGGUUGGUCUCGGUUUGAUGUCGAGACAGAUCCAGUAAAACUGUGGGUGGCGCCCAAUUCAGACUCGGCUCUACAGAAGGAUUUCUUUGAUUCCAACUUUAACCCGUUCUACCGUACUCAGCAGAUUUUUAUUAGCAACAAAGUGUCUUCAAACCCAGUAGUCAGCUACAAGAAUCUGAAAUCUCUGUUUCAAAUAGAAGAAACUAUCAGACAUCUUAAAUCAAGUCCAAAUAAUUACACGCUUCAAGAUUUAUGCUUUCAUCCAAACGGGGACGCAUGUAUCGUCCAGUCUGUCGCAGGAUACUGGCAGUCAGACAUAUCAAACGUUGAUCCAGAGACAUGGGAUGCAGAUUUGGACUCAUGCGCUGCUAACCCAAUAUACUGUUUACCCGAUUUCCAACAGCCAUUAAAGGCAGAGAUGGUGCUUGGCGGGUUUGAAAAAGGAAAAUAUUCAAAGGCUAAAGCUAUGGUGAUGACAUUUGUAUUAAAUAAUUAUAUAAACAAUGAUGAAAUUCAAAAAGCCGAAGAAUGGGAAGCCGCACUGAGAGCAUAUUUAGAAAGAUUAAUUAAUGGUGAAAUUGAAGAAAUCGAUACUACAAAUUUACGGAUUAGUUACUCGACAGAGAGUUCGCUUGAGAAGGAGCUCAACAAAUCAACAAAUGCGGAUAUCCUCACUAUAGCAAUAUCUUAUCUUGUGAUGUUUUUAUAUGCCUCAAUUGCACUUGGUAAACUGUCUGCCUUCCCCCGCUUACUAAUUGACUCUAAAUUCACUCUCGGAAUAUGCGGCAUCUUUAUUGUCUUAGCAUCAGUCUCGACUUCUGUCGGAAUAUUCUCAUUCCUGGGGAUCAAAGUGACACUAAUUAUCGCUGAGGUGAUACCAUUUUUAGUCUUGGCCGUCGGUGUAGACAAUAUAUUUAUACUUAAUCAUGAAUUCGAAAGACUAACAUUGAAGUCAAUGGGCGAUGAGCGCGUUGAAGAGAGAAUUGCCAAGACGUUGGGGUAUAUGGGACCUAGUAUAUUAUUAAGUGCAUUGAGCGAAACGAUUGCCUUUGGAUUAGGAGGAGUGGUUACAAUGCCAGCUGUCAGGAACUUUGCCCUAUAUGCCGCUCUGGCUGUCUGGGUAGAUUUUUCCCUGCAGGUGACAGCGUUUGUCGCGUUUCUUUCAUUGGAUGCAAGGAGACAGGAGGAAGAUCGUUUGGACUGUUUUCCAUGUAUGCGAAUCGAAGGGGUUUCCGAACGUAUCGAACGAGAAGGGACAUUACAAAGAUGGACCAGAAAAUAUUACGCUCCUGUUCUGCUCAAUAGUAAAGUGAAAGUCGUUGUAGUUGUGUUGUUUGUCGGUAUCUUUUUAACUUCAUUAUCGCUAGUACCAAAAAUUGAACUUGGGUUAGAUCAAAGGAUUGCGCUUCCAAGCGAUUCUUAUCUUGUUGACUACUUUGAUGACUUGGAUGAUUAUUUCGGUGUUGGUCCGCCAGUGUAUUUCAUUGCAAAGGACGUUAAUGUCACCUCUCUCGAAGGACAACAGGCUCUUUGUGGUCGAUUUAGUACAUGUCAAUCAUAUUCAUUUGCCAAUGUUCUCGAACAAGAAAGAAAACGCGCUGGAGUUUCUUACAUUGCCGAACCGACGGCUGUAUGGGUCGAUGAUUUCUUGCACUGGCUUAACCCAUCGCUUGAUAUGUGCUGUCGUUUCAAGAAAGGAACUGAUCAGAAGGAACUCUGUGGUGAAUUUGAUGAUGAAGACGAAUGUGAAGUGUGUUUUGCUAAUAGGAAACCAAAUUGGAACAUUACGAUGGCCGGGUUACCUGAAGGAGAAGAAUUCAUAAGAUUCCUUAAUCUAUGGUUGGAUUCACAACCGAAUGAGAGCUGUCCGCUUGCCGGUAAAGCAGCAUACGGUGAUGCUAUUGUGGUUGAUAAAGAGUCUGCGAAAGUCGUUGCUAGUCAUUUUAGAACAUAUCAUUCGCCACUAAAGAGUCAGCGUGAUUAUAUUGCAGCCUAUCAUGCAGCUCACAGGAUCAGUGAUGAUAUCAAACGUUAUACUGGCGUUGAUGUAUUUCCAUAUUCAGUAUUUUAUAUCUUCUUUGAGCAAUAUGCACAUAUAGUCAGACUGACAACAGAAAUUCUCCUCCUUGCAUUUAUAUCUAUAUUUAUCGUCACUAUUCUAUUAUUGGGAAGUUUAUGGUCAGGAUUGAUUGUAGUUGGACAUGUUGUGAUGAUUGUAAUUGACGUUCUUGGAGUUAUGGCUAUCUGGGGAGUUACAUUGAAUGCAAUUAGUCUUGUCAAUCUCGUUAUUUGUGUUGGUAUUGGAGUAGAAUUCUGUGUACAUAUUGUUAGGGCAUUUGCUGUUGGUGGGGCUGGCAUCGAUCGUGAUGAGCGUGCACACCGUGCUAUCACAGAUGUUGGCAGCUCUGUAUUUUCUGGGAUCACUCUUACCAAAUUCGCCGGUAUUGUUGUGCUUGCAUUUACCCGAAGCAAGAUAUUUGAAGUUUAUUAUUUCCGGAUGUAUGUUGCAAUGGUAAUAUCUGGUGCACUACACGGGUUAGUUCUCUUACCGGUUGUAUUGAGUCUCGUAGGAGGAGAGGGGUCAGGAAGUGGUGAAGAUUUUGAUUAUCAUCUUUUUGAAGAUGAGGAUGUUUUUGAUGGACAUCCCGUUAGACGCAGUGAAAAUAGAAUGCUUGUUGAUGAUGGAGGAAUAGACAGUGAUGGUAGCGAUGAAGAUGUUAAUACUGUACCUUAG